AUGUAUGAGGUCACAUACAAUCCCGGUGUCGCCGAGAUAUCCGAGCAGCUUACCAGGGACAGAGAGCUUACCCUGAAUUAUUCGAAGGCAAAAAUGGGCAAUACAAUGGGCCUCUCUUCACGGGAUAGGCUAGAGCAGCGUCUUACCGCACUGGAAGGACAUUUUCUCUAUUUCCGUCGGCCAAUCCUUGAUGAGUGGUCAGGUAAUCCGAGAAGUCCGAGUGAAGUCCAGGAGAGAAAUACCGUAGCACACGGUAAUAUCACUAUGGACGUCCGAGCUAUCGCGGAUAUGAUUCAAGAAGACCCAUUCAGAGCCCAGAAAUGGGAAGCAUCGUUUGCACAUUUCUACGAUAUUACAUACAUUGAGGCUAAAGACAACGCCUCUCUACACCAAAAGUCCCCGCCUUCGGCGAUUGUUCAAUCUAAAUGCGGAUGUUCAAUCUUUACGCCGGUUUACUCAACCUCGAAAUAG